GGGGACGGCCAGGAGGAAGGGCAGCUUGGCAGGGCCUCAGGAUGGACCCCUACGCGGACACCCUGCGGCGGCUGCGGGAGGCCUUCAGCACAGGGCGGACGAGGCCCGCCGAGUUCAGGGCGGCGCAGCUCAAGGGCCUCCGCCGCUUCCUGCAGGAAAACAAGCAGCUUCUGCAGGAGGCUUUGGCGCAGGACCUGCACAAGUCAACCUUCGAGGCAGAGGUGUCUGAGAUCAGAAUCAGCGAAAGCGAGAUUGACUUGGCCCUCAGGAAUCUGAGGUCCUGGAUGAAGGAUGAGAAAGUGCCCAAGAAUCUGGCCACGCAGCUGGACUCGGCCUUCAUCCGGAAGGAGCCCUUCGGCCUGGUGCUCAUCAUCGCCCCCUGGAACUACCCGGUGAACCUGACCCUGGUGCCCCUGGUGGGUGCCCUCGCUGCAGGGAACUGCGUGGUGCUGAAGCCUUCGGAGUUCAGCAGGAGCACAGAGAAGGUCCUGGCUGAGGUCCUGCCCCGAUACCUGGACCAGAGCUGCUUUGCAGUGGUGCUGGGAGGGCCCCAGGAGACCGGGCAGCUGCUGGAGCACAAGUUCGACCACAUCUUCUUCACGGGGAGCCCCCGUGUGGGCAGGAUCGUCAUGGCUGCCGCCGCCAAGCACCUGACGCCCGUCACGCUGGAGCUGGGGGGCAAGAACCCCUGCUACGUGGACGACGACUGCGACCCCCAGACCGUGGCCAACCGCGUGGCCUUUUUCCGCUACUUCAACAGCGGCCAGACCUGCGUGGCCCCCGACUACGUGCUGUGCAGCCCCGACACGCAGGAGCGGCUGCUGCCCGCCCUGCAGAGCGCCAUCACCCGCUUCUACGGCGACGACCCCCGGAGCUGCCCGAGCCUGGGCCGCAUCAUCAGCGACAAGCACUUCCAGCGGCUCCGGGGCCUGCUGGGCUGCGGCCGCGUGGCCAUCGGCGGCCAGAGCGACGAGAGCGAGCGCUACAUCGCCCCCACGGUGCUGGUGGACGUGCAGGAGACGGAGCCGGUGAUGCAGGAGGAGAUCUUCGGCCCCAUCCUGCCCAUCAUGAACGUGAGGAGCCUGGACGAGGCCAUCGACUUCAUCAACCGUCGGGAGAAGCCCCUGGCCCUGUAUGCCUUCUCCAACAGCAACCAGGUGGUCAAGCGAGUACUAGCCCAGACUAGCAGCGGGGGCUUCUGCGGGAACGAUGGUUUCAUGCACAUGACCCUCGCCAGCUUGCCUUUCGGAGGAGUGGGUGCCAGUGGGAUGGGCAGCUACCAUGGCAAGUUCUCCUUCGAUACCUUCUCCCACCACCGUGCCUGCCUGCUGCGCCACCCCGGGCUGGAGAAGAUCUACUCCAUUCGCUACCCGCCCUACUCGCCUCGCAACUUGAGGAUGCUGCUGGUGGCCAUGGAGGGUCGCAGCUGCAGCUGUACCCUGCUCUGAGCCCGGCUCACACCUGCCUGACCUCAGUGCACUCACUGAUCUUCCCAAAGCUCACCCCGACCAUGCUACCCCGCCGUCCAGCCUGAGCCCCUCAGUGGCUCCCUGUGGCCCGGAAGUCAGGACCCACAUGAAUCCUUGGAGGCUCCUCCACAGCGCUGGGUCCCUGUUGUCCUUCUCAAGAGGACCUCUGCACGCACGCCCCGCAUGCCUGCCCUGCCCUUGGCCGGCCCUACUCCUCGGAGUCAGCUGGGACAUCGUAUCAACCGAGAAGCCUUGCGAGAACGCCUCCCCCUCCCCAGCCCACCACCAACACACAGGAGGCCCCAAGGGCCUUCUCCGUGCCUGCCACCACGGGGUCCCUCUGCCCCACGAUGGAUCCCCUGGGAGGAGACAGUUGGGUGGCUGUUGAGGGACAGGGAUCCCGCGUCACACACACCCAGGUAGGACGCAGGCGGCCGCACUGUGCAGCUCUAACGCUUGGGCCAAUUUCCUAGACAAGUCCGUGCCUCA